UUAUAACAAGCAAAAAUUCCAUAAGAGAUAGAGAGAGGAGAGACAUGGGUGGUGCAACAAGCAAGCAAGGGAGAGAUAGUUCUAGGAGACGUAUCAAGGUGAGAGGAAGUGAACAGAGAAGGAGACCAACAAGAAGAGAGGUUGAUGAGAAAGAUAGAGUGGUUUUGGCUUUGAAGAUGGCAGAGAAAGAGUGGAGGAAAGAGAAGAAGAGACUUAGAGAGGAAGUGAAGAGGCUGAGGCUGAAGAUGGAAGAGAAAGAAGAAGUAAAAGCGAAACAACACGAGUGGGAAUGGGUCGUGGAACAGAUGUGUCUAGAGAGAGCUGUGAGGGAAGAAGCUGUGGAGAGGUGGAAACAGCUCUAUUUCGCUAUCAAGAAUGAGCUUGAUGAUCUCAUCCACACAACAUACGGAGAGGCACUGAGACAGAAACCACAAGAAGAAGUUGCAAAGACAGUUCAAGAACUUAGGAAGGAAGUUAAAGUUAGGGGAGAAACCAUUGAGACACUCAAGGGGAGAAUAGCUUUGAUGGAGAAACAACGAAUUGGGAAGGAAAGAGAGGUUGACUUACUGAGACAGAGUCUGCGUAUCCUCGGUGGUAGCAGUGGGAAGAACAGGACAACAUCAUCUACGACCAGAAGCCUGCCAAUAUUCAAAACAAAAUUCAUUGGGUGUAAAUAACUUUUCCCACAGGGAUUGCUAUCUAAGUAGACUCAAUAAGCUUCAAGCAAUAGUAAGUCAUUUCUAUUUUGUGUCUCAUGACACUAAAGGAAGUUGUAUAUACUUCACAAGUAAUAUAAACAGCAUCAAGAAAAUC